CAUUCAUCAUUCAACUCAUCAACCCUCUCAAAAAGGAAAAAAAAAAGCAGAGAAAUUUAUUGCGCAAACGGAGUCAAGUGCAAUUUUCUCGUGGGGUUUCUGUUUGUUUCCCGAGAAAACUUUAGAGAAAAGAUGAUAGUCGAAAAAGACGACCUGGGUCUGAGCCUGAGCUUGAGUUUUCCCCAGAAUCAGAUGAAUCAAAAGCUGAAUCCGUCUGCUUCUGUAUCUUCUUCGUCUUCUCCGUUCGAUUUGAUCCGGAAAUCUCCGUGGAACGAUUGUUUUAAUUCUUCAGCUCCAAACCCCGAGUCAUGUCGUUUAGGCACAAGAACCUUCCUCCGGGGCAUCGACGUGAAUCGGCCGCCGUCGAUGGCGGCGGACUGCGACGACGACGCUGGCGUAUCGUCCCCCAACAGCACCGUCUCCAGCGCAAGUGGGAAGAGAAGCGAGCGAGAAACCAACGGAUCGGAGGAACACGACACAGAUCCGCUGUGUUCCCGCGGGAUCAGCGACGAAGAAGACGGCGACACGUCGAGGAAGAAGCUGAGGCUGUCGAAAGAUCAAUCGGCUGUUCUUGAAGAGACCUUCAAGGAGCACAGUACUCUGAAUCCGAAACAAAAGCUGGCUUUGGCGAAGCAGCUGGGGCUGAGGCCGAGACAAGUUGAAGUUUGGUUCCAGAACAGAAGAGCAAGGACAAAGCUGAAGCAGACGGAGGUGGACUGUGAGUUCUUGAGAAGGUGCUGCGAGAAUCUGACGGAAGAGAACAGGAGGCUUCAGAAAGAAGUGACGGAGCUGAGGGCGUUGAAGCUGUCGCCUCAGUUCUACAUGCACAUGGCUCCUCCCACCACUCUCACCAUGUGCCCUUCCUGCGAGCGUGUCUCCGUCCCUCCUCCGACGCCGUCUUCCUCCUCCGCCGCAGCAGCUCCGGUGACUUCCGGUGCCCCCGCCUCCGUUCACCACCACCGUCAACACCAGAGGCCAGUGGCCGUCAAUCCGUGGGGUUCCGGCUCUCCCAUCUCCCACGGGCUGCCGUUCGAGGCUCUUCGUCCGCGGUCGUGAUUCCUGGUCGGGGUGCGAAGGGUAUUUUGGUCAUUUACCGAAAUCCUUCGCAGGAAAAUCUAGGUUGUCUUUUUUUUUAAAAAGAAAAAAGGAGGUUAAGUUAGGUUGACUCAGCAAGAUGUUCUUGUUUAACAUGUAUGUAUAUGUUUUUUUUUAAUUAUAAAACUUUUGGUAAUUAUUUUGACCUAACCUAAUAUCCUCUUUUGAUAUUUCACGUGAAGGCAAAUCCUUGUUUUAGUUCAAA